AUGGAGCAUGCUGCCGGAAGAAGGCGAGGUCGACGAGGGCAAGCAGACGAAGAUCGACGUGCAGAGAGAACACAGGUUUUUCAAAAGACGAAGAUGUGCAAGUUUCACCUGAUGGGCAGCUGUCAGAGAGGGGCUCAAUGUCGGUUCGCACAUGACCAAAGUGAGUUGCAAGGCCUGCCAGACCUUGCUCGCACGAAAAUCUGCAAGCAAAUGAUCCAAACUGGACGCUGUGAGGACCCCACAUGCACAUAUGCCCACAACAGGGAGGAGUUGAGGAUCGUGCCGGGAUUUUCUGCAGCCGACCAAAGAGAAAGGGCUAUCCAACUCGAGCAGCUCGAGCUCCUCGAAAUGGAGAUCGAGAGGGGGCGAGCUCAAGCCGGACGGGCGCAGCCUCCAGUGCGGUCACAUGCAGACGAGCCCAAGGCGAAUGGACAGCAGAAGCUUGGGCAGAACCAACCACUGUAUCAGUCCAACAUGAUGGCCUGCGGCACUCCCGUCUUCUUUGUUCCUUCACUUGUGACUACGGGUGAUUAUCCGACCAUGUGCAUACCCGGCUCGCCUACAGCCGUCACGGCUCCUCAAGCUCCUGACAAACCGUCUGUGAUGAAGGAGCCACCAGUGACUCAACAAGUGGCAGCGCAGGCGAUGCAGCAGAUGAACUCUGCCGCACAGGCACACGUGGCUCAGGCGAUCCGUUUGCAGGCGCAGGCCAAGGCUGUUGCUCAGUACAUCCACAACCAUUCUGGAGGACCUUCGAAUGGCUACAGCAACUUCAACGACCUGACACCCACGGGUCCAAUGUCACCAAUAUCAUCAGAGGCACGACCUAUGCCCGAGAUUCCUGCUCCUGCAACGGAGCCAGCGAGCAAAGCUGUUGGCUCCCAGCGGGAGAUUGGAUCGGUUUCAGUUGGCGCAGUACCGCGAGGCCUCAGUGGUCACGCAGCUCUGCCGGAGGAUGCCGAGGACGAGCCUUUUCACCCAAGUGAGCCAGCGCAGAUCAAGCUUGGGACGCUGCGCUCUCUCAGCUCCAACUCUUUGCCAGUCCAGGUGGACGAUGAUGAUGACAUGGCCGAUAGAGGUAUGCCAGGUAUGUCAUCGUCCAUGGCGCAGGCGCUCAAGGUUAAAAAUACGUUCUACGACUUUGAGACCGACUGCACCCCUCUUGGGAACAGGCUGCGCCCGAUUUGCUCCGCAGCUGGUCGCUUGGACGCCUUGGCUGCGGAAGAGGAGGAGACUGCUCUUGGAGGCAGUUUAGCUCCCGGCAGCUUAGCCCCGAGCAGCUUGGCUCCCGGCCCGACAUUGUCUUCAAAUGCUGCUCCUGGUGGGUCAGACUUGGCGCACACAAGCGGCCUGACAGCUCCUGAGAUUAUGCGAGCCCGGUACAAAUCCCUUACUGCGGAGGGCACACGAGCUUGCGUCAGGCGCGUCAACGGCAGCUGCGAAACGGUUGUGCUCCUGAGGUUCAUCGACCUCGCCUGCGAGGACAUGAGCGUGCAGACUGAAAGCCUGCUCGAGCACUCAGUCAUGAUGAUCGCAUGGCUGCUUCGAGAGCUCCAAAGAGUUCUAUGCUCCGGGUACCUCAAUGUUGAGCGCAAGGGCCAGGUCAAAACGCCAUUUUUCGUUCUGCGAGAAAGCAGCCUUGAACGCUAUGACACGGCCACCGACUUCGAGAAGGGGCAGGAGCCGCGAACAAUGCCUUUGGCAGACAUUGAGAAAGUGACAGUCAAGGAACUCCGCCUCACACUGGAAGUGAGGGACCAGAAGAAGCCGGUCGAGUUCCAGGUAGACAGUGCCAAGGAGUUUGUGCAGUGGGGUCGUGCCUUGGAAAAGUUGCUCGCGCAGCGUUUGGGAGAAAACUUCGUUUCGAGUGCAGAAGGCCUGUCUGGCCGUGGUGUGCCAUCAGACGGAGGACAUGCAAGUGCGAGCGUCAGUGGCGGGACUACGCCACGUGAGGCACCAAAGGUAUUGUGCGAAGGCGAACUCCUGAUUCUCAAAAGAAACAGAGAAGAUCCGAGGUAUUGCGUAUUGCGCACAGACUGCUUCGAGUAUUUCAGCAGCAAGGACGAUUACCAAACAGGCGUUGCUGCAAGAGCGCGUGCUCUUAUCGAAGACAUCACCGCAUUCGAGGUCUUGGAUGACGGCACGAUGGAAGUGGAGCUAGGCGACAAGAAGUUGGCGUUCAAGGCCUUAACCCCGGAGGAUCUGUCUCGUUGGCAGACGGCUUGGGAGACUGAUCCUGAAGAGCCAAUUAAGCCAUCACAAGCAACGAUUCCGAAACCAGGGACAGGUUCAAAGGCACGAGUGGUAACAUCGGGCAGGUUCAGCCUACGAACAGAGGGCUCGGAUGAGGAAGCAUCCUCGGGCAUGCUGGUCUUGCGCGAGGAUCGCCUGGAAUUUUACAGAGGGAGAGACAUCGUGUCUGACGACGACGAGCCAGAUGUGAGCGCCUUGAUAGACGAAAUCGAAGACUUGGAGGUCAAGCAGGAUGUUUUGGCCGUACGUCUCGCAGACCCGUCGAGGAUUCUCGAGUUGGUCUCACCUCAAGGCAAGACAAUGGAGGAGUGGUACCGAGAACUCCAGCAUGUUUUCGAUGAGACCGCCUCCGUGUGGCACUCGGACGCAAAGCCGACCACGCUGGAACGCCAGGAGUCUGGACGAAUCUGUGCAUCUCGAUGA